AUGGCGCAAGCGCAAAACAACUUUUUCCUUUGGGGUGCAUGGAGAGGAAAGGGGAGGAUCACCAAGCCUUUCGUCACCAAGAAGUGGCCAGGGACGUUCAAAAAAGUGGUCUUCGGUGAAAGCUGUGUGAUUGGACUGACCGAAACUGGCAAGGUGGUUUCCUGGGGCAAAGACUCCAAGACUGGUUGCUUGGGAUUGGGUGAUGACAGUGGUACUCCAGUGACAAAUUCUGAUUCGCCCCAGGAGGUUCCGAAAUUGAAAGACGUCAUGGACAUCCAGAUGGGUUUGGAGCAUGUGGUGGUCCUCACCAGUGGUGGUGAGGUCUAUGUUUGGGGCAGUGGUGCCAAAGGCCAACUUGGCACUGGACGGUUGGACACUCUGUACGCACCGCUCAAGGUGGAAGCAUUGACCAACGAGCAAAUCGUCCAGAUCCUCGUGGUGAGGAACUCCACCUUUGCGUUGUCGAGCAACGGCACGGUCUUCGCCUGGGGCGACAACCAGGAUAAUAUUCUCGGCCUUGAAGAUGGAAAGGCAGUCGAAGAGUGGCCAACGAAGUUGACUCUCUUACAAGAGACAAGGGUCCGAAAGCUGGAAGUCUUCGAUGGCAAGACCAUUGUUGCGCACAUUCGUGGUGCAGAAUCGGAGACCAACUUCGGUCGCUAUGAGACGGUGCCGGAGGAUGGCGGUCAGGGGGAGAAGGAGGAGAUCGACAUCUUCAAAGGCAUCGAUGAAAUGAGAGAAGUCAUGACAAAGACACAGGAAUGGUGGAAUCACCUGCUGAACAUCAAACAUGGCGAGCCCUGUGAGCUACCGGAAGAUGUUGAUGUUCAAGCCAUGCAGGUGGAGUCCUCGGCCAAACCCACAAGUCCAGAUGACUCGGAAGUGGAGGUAGAAAGGCUCCACCGGGCCGAAAGGCACCUGGAUGCCCUAGUACACGCAGCAAGACGAGAAUUGAGAGAACUGCAGAAGUCGCAUGGUUCCAGGAAGAACUCUCGCUUCAUCCUAUGCAUGUUCAUCGAUGAAUGCCGUUUGAGAAGAGAAAAGGUGAAGCGUACUAUUGCUGCGCGACGGCUCAAAGAUGCAAAGGCUAGAUCAGACAAGAUUUCCGCGUACUCUGUGAAAGAUUUCAGUUCCAAAGCAGAGGAAAGCAUCAACAGACUCACGGAAGACAGAAAGAAACUGGCGGAGAUGCGGGACGCGGUGCAAGCCAUUGUGAUUCCAAGCUCUGAUGUGCUCAGCGAACAGCUUCAGGUCACGUUGUUGGAAUGCUUGGAAUGCAAGCUGCAACUCCUGAGCACGCAACUUCAGUUGGUCAAGGCUCGAAAUCCCGACGUAUUUCCUCAGCUCAAACAUCGCGAUCCGAAUCUGAUGUUGCCUGCGUUGGAGAUCAUCAAGGCUCGCUGGGACUCGUUGAAGCACUUCUCGCUCUACGCGUUGUACAUGGAGGAGUCGGAAAAGUUUGACAAGCAGAAACAAGGCAUUGACGACAAUACCCACCUCGCCUAUUUGGUGAAAGCGUCUAAUGCUAAAAUAGACACCAUGCUUCAAAUCGACAAGGAGCCACGACUCUCCCACGACUCACAAGUGCCAGGUCUUUGUGUGGAAACCGAGCAAGCCAUGGAAAAGGAGUUCGGCAAGGUUGCCUACUGCAAGAAGCCACCCACCACAGGUGAUCCUGAGACUGAUGUGGCCUUUGUCCAGUUUGUGAACCAGCAGGAUGCGGAAAGGGCUGUGGCAGCCUUGCGCAAGGGACUUGGUGUGAGCACCACUUGGACAGACAUCACCUUGGACAUCACUGGCGAUUGGAAGCCAGGAGAGGGUGGCAAAGGAAGGGGCGGCGGCUCAACCUUUGUGAAGUGGCAACCAGAGACUGUCGAGGAUUCACGAUCGUUUUUGAAUCCGCCUGUUCGAAACGUCUCCCGGUCACGAAGGCGUGAUGAGCGAAAGGAUGAUCGGCGUGACCGGAAUCGACAAGAUGAUCGAAGAGAUGAUCGACGAGAUGAUCGACGAGAUGAUCGACGAGAUGAUCGUCGAGAUGAUCGUCGAGAUGAACGUAGAGAAGAUCGAAGAGGCGGACAUGAACGUCGAGAGGAUAGAGAUCAAAGAGAUCAUAGAGAUCAUAGAGAUGAUCGAGGACAUCGAGAUGAUAGGAAUGACAGAAGGGAUGGACGGGACGGAAGGGAUGUAUUGAAAGAUGAAAGACGAGAUGAACGAAAGGAUGAUAGAAGAGAGAUGCCAAGAGAUGAACGCCGCGACGACAGGCGAGAUGACCGACGAGAGUAUGGAAGAGAUGGAAGAGAUGACAGAGAUGGGAGACGGGAUGAAAGAAGGGACGACCGACCAGACCGACCAGACCGACGGGAUGAUCGAAGGGAGAGGCGAGAGGAGAGAGAGGAGAGGGAAAGGGACAGAGAAGUGGACAGAUUGGACAGGGGAGUGGAUAGACUUAGAGAUUACGAUAGAGAUUACAACCGGCAGAACCAAAGACACACAGACAGAGACAGAGGCUCCGACAGAGUCAGGCGAGAAGAGCCCCGGGUCUACGACAGCUUCGAUCAUGCAAGAGAUGAUCGAAGACGGGAUGACAGAGAUGCUCGGGAUGCUCGGGAUGCUCGGCAAAGAGAUGCAAGGGAUGGAAGAGGUGACGCUCGGACAGAUCGAAGGGACCGAAGCAUGGAUCGAGACGGUCGAGACGCUCGAGAUGCUCGCGGUCGAGACCAGAUCCGAGAGAUCCGAGAGGACCGAGGCUACAAAGAUGGCUACGGCGACUCGCACCGCUACGAGCGCUACGAGCGCUAUGGCUAUGAGUCUGUCAGAGACACUCGAGACCUUUCAGACGCCCGUGACGCCACCCGUGACUUCCGGAAGGAUCGACCUGGAGAUCGACCUGAUCGGAGUCGCACAUCCCCUGCCAGGGACAUCAGGGACACCGGGGAUCGACCUGACCGAGGUCACCGAGGACGUGGCAGCUUCGAAGGUGGCUACCAGAGAGAUGAACGUGGCGACCGUGGCGACGAGGAGAGGAGACACAGAGACAGAGAUUACGCAGAAAGGCGCAGCGACAGACGAGAGAGGUAG